AACAAAAGAGAUAGUCCAGUNGGAUGUGUUGGAACAACUUAUAGAGAGCCUAUUGGGAUUUUAGGGUUUGGGAAAGGGCCACUUUCUUUACCUUCUCAAUUAGGGUUUCUUCAAAAAGGUUUUUCACAUUGCUUCUUGCCUUUCAAGUUUGCAAAUAACCCUAAUAUGUCUAGCCCUCUAGUUGUGGGUGAACAAGCCAUUUCUUCUAAAGAAAAUUUCCAAUUUACUCCUAUGUUGAAAAGCUUUAUGUACCCUAACUUCUAUUACAUUGUCCUAGAGGCCAUAACUGUGGGGAAUGGUGGUGCCACUACACAAGUACCCUUAGCCUUGAGAGAAUUUGAUUCUUUAGGUAAUGGAGGAAUGUUGAUUGAUUCCGGAACCACAUACACACACCUACCCGAGCCAUUCUACUCGAAUCUUCUCACCACCUUUCAAUCAUCAAUAAAUUACACACGAGCAAAGGAAGUCGAGGCACAAACAGGAUUUGAUCUUUGUUAUAGACUCCCAUGCCCUAAUAACAACAUUAAUACUCUGGUUACCGAUGAUUUCCCUUUAAUUAUGUUCCAUUUCUUGAACAAUGUGAGCCUUAUUUUGCCCAAUGGGAAUAACUUCUAUGCCAUGGGUGCACCAAGAAACUCAACGGUGGUGAAAUGUUUCUUGUUCCAAAGCAUGGAAGAUUCUAAAGAGGGGCCAGCUGGGAUUUUUGGAAGCUUCCAACAGCAAAAUGUGGAAGUUGUGUAUGACUUGGAGAGGGAAAGGAUUGGGUUUCAAAACACUGAUUGUGCCUCAGCUGCAGCUUCUCAAGGACUUCACAAGAAAUAA